CGGACCAGGAACAAAGACAACCUGUUAUAUUUUCCUUGCAUUGCAACAGCCAAACAGGCCAUUAGACCGAGGAAUUUUACGGAAUACAUUGGUCAAAGACAAUGCCUCCCAAGCGCAAGCUGCGUCAUGAUGUUUCCUCGAAAGAUGCCGACGAUGCUGAAAGCGGGCCAAAUAAGAUUGCCAGGCUUGUGCCUCGUACUCGUCAUGUUUCCGAAAAGACCGUAAAAUCAAAAUGGACCACUCUACCCGAACCAGUGCAAGACCGAAUCAAGGACCUUUUUCAGGCAGUGGAGUUUCCUGUGCUCACGAGACAGAGAGAAGGGAGGAAGAGAGUUGAGGCGCAGUCGGCGCUGAACGCUGUGAGGAAGAAUUUAGGAAAACGGCUGCCAAGGAUGCCGUUUCCCCCCGGAACGAAAGAGAAUAGUUUCAAUUACGAAUCUGCCUUGAACGAGAAUCGCUUACUUGAAAGCCAAUUAGCAACUAUGACCAGCUCCGCUACCCUCCUUCGCAGAGAGAUUAAACGAGAGGAAACAGAACUUGCAAGAGAGACCGCAAAAUUGGAGGAGCUCGAGAGGAAUGCCAAGGCUGCGAAGGCACAGAGCAAAAAGCAAUCGAAAAAUGUGCAUCCGGUCCUCCGACGUCUCGAACGGCUUCCCCCACAAAUAGAGGAUCCUGUGGAUUUCAUCGUGACCGGUGGCCAAGAUAAACCUGGGUUGUUAUGCGAUAUGGAUGCAGAUCCGGACGUCCUAUCUUUGGUGAAACAACUGCGGAAUCAUCUCGAAUCUAUGAAGACCAAUGCUAACCAAGUUGCUGGCAUUCGGGAGGCUAUUACACGGGCUCAAUCCGCGUUGAAUAUGCUUCCGUUGGGGUGAAAUUCGAUGCAGUCGGAAAUACUCCAAACCGGCCACACCCUCAUCUAUUUACUAUUUCUCCAUUGAUAAAUAGCCACCUGAUUUCCUCAACCAGUUCAACGUAGAGGCUGAUCAUGGAGAAACUGUGUAACGCAAACAUUCAGGUCCUCCCGAUGUAUCGAAGCGGUGGACAUUCCAUCGAUACUUGCUUGAAGGGCGGUGCGAUAUGUAUGUACGUAUGUAUUGUUGAGUGUUGGCGGUCGCACAGGGUCCUCUUGGCCGGCGGCACUCGCAGGACAUAGGGCUUGGCAGCAUGAAUGGCCAGGCCAAUUGCCGAUUCGUGGCUAGGAAAAACGGGCAAAAAGACCCUGGAGAUCUGUGCCGUAUUCCGCUGCAAAUCCAGGCCUUGUGAGCCCAGAGAAUCGUAGAUCUUGGACGAGUACUCAACUUGGCAUGACUUUGACAGGAAUGGUGUUAGUUAGGGUAUCGCAGCAGAGCAUCAUCUGCUCCACACUUGCAUUAACUAGUUAGUGUUGAAAUUUUAUCCUCGGAACUCGUCCUCGCUAGAAUGGGGUGUUGAAUUAUUAUUA